AUGUCACUCCAGUUACCACAGAGUGUAUACACGCAAAGUCACUCGGCCUUCACUUACCUAAUAGAGUAUACCCAAGUUUCAAGAGCUCUGUCUUUCUGUAUCUUUGCAGCAAGGAACAAUAAAGUUAUUACAAUAAACACAGUGACUCUCCUGUGGUAAUUUAUCGUGCAGGAUUAAUCUCCUGCGUGAUAGAAUUAACCAGCCUCCAUUACUGCUGUAUGAGGUCACUAUCCAGCCUCCAUUACUGCUGUAUGAGGUCACUAUCGAGUCUUCAUUACUGCUGUCUGAGGUCACUAUCCAUCCUCUAUUACUGCUGUGUGAGGUCACUAUCCAGCCUCCAUUACUGCUGUAUGAGGUCACUAUCCAUCCUCUAUUACUGCUGUGUGAGGUCACUAUCCAUCCUCCAUUACUGCUGUGUGAGGUCACUAUCCAUCCUCCAUUACUGCUGUGUGAGGUCACUAUCCAUCCUCUAUUACUGCUGUAUGAGGUCACUAUCCAUCCUCUAUUACUGCUGUAUGAGGUCACUAUCCAUCCUCCAUUAUUGCUGUGUGAGGUCACUAUACAUCCUCUAUUACUGUUGUAUGAGGUCACUAUCCAUCCUCCAUUACUGCUGUGUGAGGUCACUAUACAUCCUCUAUUACUGCUGUUUGAGGUCACUAUCCAGCCUCCAUUACUGUUGUAUGAGGUCACUAUCCAUCCUCUAUUACUGCUUUAUGAGGUCACUAUCCAUCCUCUAUUACUGCUAUGUGAGGUCACUAUCCAGCCUCCAUUACUGCUGUAUGAGGUCACUAUCCAUCCUCUAUUACUGCUGUGUGAGGUCACUAUCCAGCCUCCAUUACUGCUGUGUGAGGUCACUAUCCAGCCUCCAUUACUGCUGUAUGAGGUCACUAUCCAUCCUCUAUUACUGCUGUAUGAGGUCACUAUCCAUCCUCUAUUACUGCUGUGUGAGGUCACUAUCCAGCCUCCAUUACUGCUGUAUGAGGUCACUAUCCAUCCUCUAUUACUGCUGUGUGAGGUCACUAUCCAGCCUCCAUUACUGCUGUGUGAGGUCACUAUCCAUCCUCUAUUACUGCUGUAUGAGGUCACUAUCCAUCCUCCAUUACUGCUGUAUGAGGUCACUAUCCAUGCUCUAUUACUGUUGUAUGAGGUCACUAUCCAUCCUCCAUUACUGCUGUGUGAGGUCACUAUCCAUCCUCUAUUACUGCUGUUUGAGGUCACUAUCCAGCCUCCAUUACUGUUGUAUGAGGUCACUAUCCAUCCUCUAUUACUGCUUUAUGAGGUCACUAUCCAUCCUCUAUUACUGCUGUGUGAGGUCACUAUCCAGCCUCCAUUACUGCUGUAUGAGGUCACUAUCCAUCCUCUAUUACUGCUGUGUGAGGUCACUAUCCAUCCUCCAUUACUGCUGUGUGAGGUCACUAUCCAUCCUCUAUUACUGCUGUGUGAGGUCACUAUCCAUCCUCCAUUACUGCUGUGUGAGGUCACUAUCCAUCCUCUAUUACUGCUGUGUGAGGUCACUAUCCAGCCUCCAUUACUGCUGUGUGAGGUCACUAUCCAUCCUCUAUUACUGCUGUCUGAGGUCACUAUCCAUCCUCUAUUAAUGCUGUGUGAGGUCACUAUCCAGCCUCCAUUACUGCUGUAUGAGGUCACUAUCCAUCCUCUAUUACUGCUGUGUGAGGUCACUAUCCAUCCUCCAUUACUGCUGUGUGAGGUCACUAUCCAUCCUCCAUUACUGCUGUGUGAGGUCACUAUCCAGCCUCCAUUACUGCUGUAUGAGGUCACUAUCCAUCCUCCAUUACUGCUGUGUGAGGUCACUAUCCAUCCUCUAUUACUGCUGUAUGAGGUCACUAUCCAGCUUCCAUUACUGCUGUAUGAGGUCACUAUCCAGCCUCCAUUACUGCUGUGUGAGGUCACUAUCAAUCCUCUAUUACUGCUGUAUGAGGUCACUAUCCAUCCUCCAUUACUGCUGUGUGAGGUCACUAUCCAUCCUCUAUUACUGCUGUAUGAGGUCCCUAUCCAUCCUCCAUUACUGCUGUAUGAGGUCACUAUCCAUCCUCCAUUACUGCUGUGUGAGGUCACUAUCGAGCCUUCAUUACUGCUGUGUGAGGUCACUAUCGAGCCUUCAUUACUGCUGUGUGAGGUCACUAUCCAUCCUCUAUUACUGCUGUGUGAGGUCACUAUCCAUCCUCUAUUACUGCUAUGUGAGGUCACUAUCGAGCCUCCAUUACUGCUGUUUGAGGUCACUAUCCAUCCUCUAUUACUGCUGUGUGAGGUCACUAUCCAUCCUCUAUUACUGCUGUGUGAGGUCACUAUCGAGUCUUCAUUACUGCUGUGUGAGGUCACUAUCCAUCCUCUAUUACUGCUGUGUGAGGUCACUAUCCAUCCUCCAUUACUACUGUAUGAGAUCACUAUCCAUCCUCCAUUACUGCUGUGUGAGGUCACUAUCCAUCCUCCAUUACUGCUGUAUGAGGUCACUAUCCAUCCUCCAUUACUGCUGUAUGAGGUCACUAUCCAUCCACUAUUAUUGGUGUAUGAGGUCACUAUCCAGCCUCCAUUACUGCUGUGUGAGGUCACUAUGCAUGCUCUAUCACUACUGUAUGAGGUCACUAUCCAUCCUCUAUUACUGCUGUAUGAGGUCACUAUCCAUCCUCUAUUACUGCUGUAUGAGGUCACUAUCCAUCCUCCAUUACUGCUGUAUGAGGUCACUAUCCAUGCUCUAUUACUGUUGUAUGAGGUCACUAUCCAUCCUCCAUUACUGCUGUGUGAGGUCACUAUACAUCCUCUAUUACUGCUGUUUGAGGUCACUAUCCAGCCUCCAUUACUGCUGUAUGAGGUCACUAUCCAUCCUCUAUUACUGCUUUAUGAGGUCACUAUCCAUCCUCUAUUACUGCUGUGUGAGGUCACUAUCCAGCCUCCAUUACUGCUGUAUGAGGUCACUAUCCAUCCUCUAUUACUGCUGUGUGAGGUCACUAUCCAGCCUCCAUUACUGCUGUGUGAGGUCACUAUCCAGCCUCCAUUACUGCUGUAUGAGGUCACUAUCCAUCCUCUAUUACUGCUUUAUGAGGUCACUAUCCAUCCUCUAUUACUGCUGUGUGAGGUCACUAUCCAGCCUCCAUUACUGCUGUAUGAGGUCACUAGCCAUCCUCUAUUACUGCUGUGUGAGGUCACUAUCCAGCCUCCAUUACUGCUGUGUGAGGUCACUAUCCAUCCUCUAUUACUGCUGUAUGAGGUCACUAUCCAUCCUCCAUUACUGCUGUAUGAGGUCACUAUCCAUGCUCUAUUACUGUUGUAUGAGGUCACUAUCCAUCCUCCAUUACUGCUGUGUGAGGUCACUAUACAUCCUCUAUUACUGCUGUUUGAGGUCACUAUCCAGCCUCCAUUACUGCUGUAUGAGGUCACUAUCCAUCCUCUAUUACUGCUUUAUGAGGUCACUAUCCAUCCUCUAUUACUGCUGUGUGAGGUCACUAUCCAGCCUCCAUUACUGCUGUAUGAGGUCACUAUCCAUCCUCUAUUACUGCUGUGUGAGGUCACUAUCCAUCCUCCAUUACUGCUGUGUGAGGUCACUAUCCAUCCUCCAUUACUGCUGUGUGAGGUCACUAUCCAUCCUCUAUUACUGCUGUGUGAGGUCACUAUCCAGCCUCCAUUACUGCUGUGUGAUGUAAUUCACGAGCUUUAG